UUUCCGUCUCGUCCAUUUCGACGUUUGCACGUGUUCGCGUUGUGCUGUUGUUUGAAGAAAAUACUUCACGAUGGCACCAAAAGGUAAUAAUAUGAUCCCGAAUGGGCAUUUCCACAAGGAUUGGCAACGCUUUGUGAAGACAUGGUUCAACCAGCCGGCCCGUAAAUACAGAAGGCACCAAAAUCGUGUCAAGAAAGCCAGAGCUGUUGCACCACGUCCAGCCGCUGGUGCUCUCAGGCCCAUCGUGAGGUGCCCGACCGUCAGAUACCACACCAAGGUACGUGCCGGACGCGGUUUCACCCUUCAGGAAUUGAAAGCUGCGGGACUUAACCCCAGAUUCGCCCGCUCCGUUGGAAUCGCCGUUGACCCACGCAGGAGGAACAAGUCCGUUGAAUCGGUUCAAUUGAACGCUCAACGUUUGAAGGAGUACAAAUCCAAAUUGAUCGUGUUCCCCAUCCACAAGAACAGGAAGCCGCGUGCUGGUGACUCCACCGAAGAGGAGCUCAAAUUGGCCACACAAUUGAAGGGUGAGGUGCUGCCAAUCCGUCAACCUGCCAUCAGGACCAAGGCUAGGGUACCUACGGAGGAAGAGAAGAAAUUCAACGCCUACAUUACCCUCAGACAAGCCCGUGCUGACAAGAUGUUGCAUGGCAUCCGUGCCAAGAGACAGAAGGACGCUGCUGAAAACCCUGAUGACAUUUCCAAAGCCGGCAAAGAAAAGAAGGCUAAGAAAUAGAAAGAUAUAAUUUGUUUUUAUAAGAUAACAUAAACAUAAAAUAAAGGGUAUUCCUUCAAGA